AUGUUAGAUUUCAAAUUUUCAAGUUAUUUUCAUCUAUUUGUAUUAUAUUUUAUUAUUAUUCAAGCAUAUUGUAUAGAAUCUAAUUCCCAAUUUCGAGCGAAUGUUACACUGAAAUUGGUUGUGAUAUGCGCUGGAGAAUUUACCAAUCAAUGUCAACUAACUGGCCCGAUUUCUCGUUUUACUCAAGCAACUUGUGCAUUUCAAGGACCACCAGAGUCAAUAAGUUUCUUAGUCGCAUCUGUAGAGAAUCCAAUUGAAUUAAAGGUUACAGUGCAAAAAGUUGGUGAACAGGAAAUUCAGCAACUUCGUAAUACAGAAUUUCGUUUAGCAGAAGAAAGUGAAUUAUCUGUCACAUCAUUAGAUCUUUCAUUGAUAGUUCGUUUUCAUGUCACAUAUUCAUGUCUACCAAAUUAUUUCGGGAAGUUAUGCAACAAAUUCUGUAAUGUUGAAGCUAUAGAAUAUCGAUGUGAUCAUCUAGGGAAUAUGUUAUGCAAACCAGGUUAUUACAUGGAUCAAAAAUUGCAAAUAUGUCGAUUAGAUCAAUGUAUUCAUCAUAAAAAUUAUUGUUUAAAUAAUGGACUAUGUAUGAAUAAUCCAAAUGUAGAUACUAUUAACUUACCAUUAUGUAUAUGUUCAUCUAAUUAUAAAGGUUUACGUUGUGAAUUAAAAAAUCCAAUUAUUAGUAGUAUAAUAUCAGAAAACUCAAAUAAUUCAAUUCAUCAUAAUAAUUUAUUAAAUAUGAAUACAACUAUGAAUAACAUAGAAUAUAAAACUAAAAAUCAAAAAUCUAAAUUAUUAAUUCAUUCUAAUAAUCAAUCAAUAAUUUCAACACCAUUUAUUCAAUAUCCUUUCAAUUCUAUAACUACUAAUAAAUCAUUAAUCAGUAGUACAAUAUCACCAAUUGUAUCUUAUUCAGAAAUAGUUAUACCAAUAAACAAUUCAAAAACUAUUCAUGAACAGAACUGGAGAAAACUUAUCAUCAUAUCUUCCAUUGGUUUAAUUCUCAUCAUAACUAUAAGUACAGGAUGUAUUGGAUUAGUUUUAUGCUUAAUGCGUCGUAAACCUAAAAUGGAUAAAAAAUCUAAUAUUUCCAGUAUAAUUACACAUGAUUCAAGUUGUAAUUAUAAAUCGGCUAGACAAUGGACAUCAGUUGAUCAAUCACCAACUGAUCAAAAUUAUUACGACGGUUCUGAUUGUAGAAUAAUUCCAGGAAAUACAAAUAAUGGUAUUAUUGAAACAGGUGCUGCUUAUCCAACACCAUUUAACGAAUCCUUAUUACAGACAAGCACAAAUAUAGAUAGAAAUUAUGGUUUGUAUGACUUUUCAUCUACACAUAACUAUUAUCAAAAUCAAUAUCCGGGGCCAUAUCAUCAAGAAAAACAACAUGAACAACAGCGUGAGCAACAACUUUAUCGACAUUCUUCUAUUGGUACAACAGGAUAUCGUAGUGAAUUGUUAAAUGAAAAUGGGUUUACUACAAUUCCAAAAGAUUUAUAUCUAUCUAAUCGUUAUAUGACAUGGAACCCUACAGCAAAACAACCACCAUGUUAUGUAACAUCAGUGAAACAAUUAUCAUUGGACAAAAGAAAUUAUGCUGAAAAUUUUGAAGAAGAUUAUAAUGGUCGAUCAAUGAUUAACUUAAACUCCUAUCGUUCAAAUGACCCAUAUAAAAUAAAUGAACAUUCAAGAUUUCCUGUAAAUUUGGAUAAUUCUAUUAUUACAAAUAAUACUGAUAUUAAUAAUGAUAAUACUUCUAGAUAUCUGCAACCUUCAUAUAACCCUUUGUUAUCAUCAAUUCAUGAUAGUUACAUAACCAGUGGAUAUUUUGAUCAGUCAUCUAAUAUGGAAAAUGAUUACACUAACCAAAAUGAUAAUUGUGCAAUAAAUGAUAAUAAUAAUAAUAAUUAUCUAUUAUAUAAAACAGUGCAAGAUACAAUUAAUUUAAAUUCUAAUAAUUACAAUCAAAUUCAUAUAAAUUCAUCCAAUAAAUUACCUACUAUCUCAAUAACAACAUCAUUAUCAACGAAAGCUUCACCUCUAUUACAAGCUGUUCCACUUUCUCCAGCUCCACCUACACAAUUUUCCGACUUAAAUUAUUAUUAA